AUGUCGAAAUCAAAUUCUAUCGACCUGAAGAAGUAUGACUUGUAUGAACUGUUGGACGUUCCUCAGUUGUCUAGUGAGGACCUAGUAAAAAAGGCUUACAAAAAACAGGCCCUCAAACUUCACCCGGAUAAGAAUCCCAACAAUCCAAAAGCAGUUGAACAAUUUCAAUUGUUGCAGAAAGUUUACGAAUUUCUUUUAGAUCCAAUUAAAAAAAAUGAAUACGAUAACGUCAUUAGGGCCCGUGAA